AUGUCUAAAAAGCCCGACGAUAUAGUGGUGUCGGGAAUGUCGGGUCGAUUCCCCCUCUCAGACACUACCGAUGAGUUCGCGAAGAAUCUGUUCUCAGGCGUGGAUAUGGUUACCGAAGAUGACAGUCGAUGGCCAAUAGGUUUGUACGACAUGUCUGGCCGAAUGGGUAAAUUGGAUUGUUAUAAGGACUUUGACUCACCAUUCUUUGGGCUCAACGAUCAGAUUAUAGCUGCGUCUGACCCACAGGCCAGGAUGCUUCUCGAAGUGGCCUACGAGGCUAUGAUGGACGCAGCACUCGCCAGUAUGAAGACCCUCUACUCCAGCCGUAUAUCGUUUGCUAAUGACUUUAAGGGCCCGAGUCUUGUGGUGGACACCGCCUGCUCGGCCAGUCUUAGCGCCCUCACACUGGCCUGCAAUGAUUUGCUGCUAGACAAUACGGACUACGCGAUAGUGUGCGGCACUCAUAUGGAUUUCGAGCCCUUUAUAUUUCAGUUUCAACAAGAGUUGGGUAUUUGUUCGCCGGACGGUAUGUCCCGUGUGUUGGACGCCGCGGCCAAUGGCUUCGUGAAGGCAGAGGCCGUGUGCUGUGUGUUCUUACAGCGCCGUCAGUGCGCCCGCCGUCUGUACGGACACAUAUUGACGGCCAGAAUGAAUGUCGACGGACACAAAAAGAUGGGAAUGUUUUUCCCCUCGUAUGCAUUAUACAUAAGUAAUGACUAG